AUGCCCCGUGGCGAUUUGUAUCUCGGAACGACGCGCAAGCUUGUACUAGCCAUAGAUGUCGGGACAACCUUCAGUGGGGCAUCGUUCUGUGUCUUAGACCCCGGAAAGGUUCCCGAGGUUCUCAGUGUCAUGAGAUACCCUGGUCAAGAAGACGAAAACAGGGCCAGGAACACGAAGAUUCCUUCUGUGCUCUACUACGAUGAGGACGGCGAAGCCCGCGCAGUAGGCGCCGAAGCCGUGUCGGAUGCUACCGUGAUGGAGGCUGAAGAACAGAAUUGGAAUCGCGCGGAAUGGUGGGACAUUCUGAAGUUUAAACUUCGUCUCUGCCCGGAUGGCAUGCAAGGCAGGGGCGAGCGAUUGCCGACGAUUUGGGUCGACAAGUCUGUCGUUCAAAUCUUCGCCGAUUACUUGGCCUAUAUCUACAAAUGCGCCCAAGACUACGUAUCUGACAGCCAUACUACUGGGAGAAAAAUCCUGGAAUCAGGUACACCCAUUGAAUUCAUACUCAGCCACCCGAACGGAUGGGGUGGCAAGCAGCAGAGCAGGAUGAGACAGGCAGCAAGAUUAGCAGGCUUGGUUCCCGACGUUGAAGCAGGAAACACUCGGAUACAUUUUGUGAGCGAGGGAGAGGCCAGCCUUCACUUCUGUAUCGUGAAUGGACUUAUCGGUGACUUGCUCCAGGAAAACAAACAUAUCAUGGUCGUCGAUGCUGGUGGCGGCACAGUCGACCUGAGUACCUACAAGGUCAUCAAAUCGAUACCUCUCAACGUGGUUGAGAGCUCGGCUGCAGAUUGUCUUUUGCAGGGCUCAACGUUUGUUAACAACAGAGCACGUGCCUUCCUUGAGGACAAGCUGGAAGAUUCGCGUUUCACGAAUCGCGAGUACAUUGAUGCGAUGCUUGAGAGCUUCGAGUCUAGCGCGAAACCUACCUUCAGAGAUACCGCGAAGAUGUCGUAUAUCAAAGUUGGGGGCCCUCGCGACACCGAUGAUAAGCACGGCAUCAAGCGAGGGGUCCUAGCGUUGUCCGGUGCCGAGAUGUCACAAUUCUUCCGGCCGUCAAUUGACUCCAUCCAAGGGGCGAUCCGACGACAAUUGAAGCUCUGUGGUGAGGAAGUUUCUGUGAUUCUCCUUGUAGGGGGCUUUGCUAGUAGCCCUUUUUUGCGUGCACAACUCCACGCUUUCGCAAACGAGAACAAGUUGAAGCUAUUUUUCCCAGAGCAUCAGACCCUAGCCAAGGCUGUCGCCGAAGGUGCUCUCUGGUUCCACCUUGACCACUAUGUAUCUGCUCGGAUUGCCAAACACGUCUACGGGACGGACAACAACACGACCUUUCAGUCAUCACUCCCAGAACAUAUAGAGAGGCGGUACAAGUCGUAUGGUACACUCGUCACAGAAGAACAAGAAUUCCGAGCUUCAUUUUCCUGGAAAGCUUACUCACCGAGGCGAGGUGUCCACGCGAGCAUCAUGUCAUAUCAAGGAGUUUUAGACGAUCCACAAUGGACAGACAAGGAUAGGCUAUGGAAGCCGAAGAAGGGUCUCUUAGGGGACCACUUCUCAGCAAGCUGCGACAUCAUCUUGUUAUUCGGUUUGACUGAGCUCAAGGCGCAGAUGUGCUGGACAGAGAAUGUACGUCCACAUGCUCGGCACUGGGUCGCAACUGACGGAAUUGUGUUCCCUGGCCAAGAGGGGGAGAAUAAGGCGAGAGAUACCAAGAUACCUUCAGUGCUCUAUUACGACAAUGAUGGAGAACUGCGAGCCGUCGGGGCCGAAGCACUGUCGGACGCCACCGGGUUUGAGGCCGAGGCAGAGAAUUGGACUCGCGUUGACUGGUUCAAACUACGUCUUCGACCAGGUAGCAAGGGAGGGAAGGGUGAGCAAUUGCCGAAGAUCCUCAUCGACAAGCCUGUCGUUCAGAUCUUCGCCGAUUACUUGGCUUAUCUUUUCAAAUGCGCGACGGACUUCAUCUCCGAAACGCAUCUGCUUGGAAGGGAGGUACUCGAGUCUGGAGUUGACAUCGAGUUUGUUCUCAGCCAUCCAAAUGGAUGGGGAGGACAACAACAGGCUAAGAUGAGACGCGCAGCGACCCUCGCGGGCUUGAUACCUGACACCGAGGCUGGGCAUGCUCAACUACACUUCGUUAGCGAAGGAGAAGCAAGCCUGCAUUUCUGUAUUGUGAAUGGACUUGCAGGGAAUGUCAUCCAGGCGGGUAAUCAUGUCAUGAUCGUUGACGCCGGUGGGGGUACUGUCGACGUCAGUACUUACCAGAUCAUGAAAGCUUGUCCUGUGAGAGUGGUCGAAAGUUCUGCUCCAGAUUGUAGGUAUCACGAUCCUCAGGAAAAACUGCAAGGAUCCCGGUUUGAGACGGCAGAGUUCGUUGACAAGAUGCUGUAUUACUUCGAAACGAACACAAAGCCAACCUUCAAAGAUCCCUCUAAGACCGCCUACAUCAAGUUUGGAGGCAACCGCGACACAGAUGUCAAGCGCGGCAUCGCCCGAGGUGCUGUAUCGCUCACUGGCGUCGAGGUCGCUGAGCUGUUUAGGCCGUCUGUCAAUGCUAUAGUGUCAAGCAUCCAAGACCAACGUGAUCGCACCAACAUUUGCAUAUCACUAAUUCUACUUGUCGGCGGGUUUGCCAGCAGCCCAUUCCUCCGCUCCACGCUCCAAGGGUUUGCACGAGCCGAGGGCCUGGCAUUAUUCUGCCCCGAAAUGCAGACGUCUAAGGCAGUUGCAGAAGGAGCCCUCUGGUUCCAUCUCGAUCACUUCGUGUCGGCUCGCAUCGCACGAUAUGCCUAUGGAACCAGUGUUCGCACACUGUUCGAUGUAUCCCAGCCUGACCAUAUGGAACGCAAAGCGAAGGCGAUCCUAGGUGCUGAUGGGACCGCUAUGCUGAGAGGUGUCUUCUCGGAGAUCAUUCCUCGGGGAAGGUUGGUUGAAGUCGAGGAAGAGUUUUACAUCCCCGUAACCAUCAAGUGCCAUCAACGUUCGCCAAGGAUACACUCCCGAAUCGUGACAUACAGAGGAUUGAGAGAGAUACAUCGGUGGAUUGACGAGGAACCAGAUUCUUUCUCUACGCUGUGUACCGUACACGCGGACGUCAACCCAGAGUCCUACAAGCUUGCUUCUGGGCAACUUGGCGAAUUUUACAGAAUGGACUUCAACGUAGUCUUACUCUUCGGUCUCACCGAGAUCAAAGCUCAAUUGAGCUGGCUCGAGGAUGUACGUGCAAGGUUCUUCCGAAGCUUACAACUCACUUUCUCCCCACAAAUGCUCAGGGACGAGAGAAGAGGUAUGUGCACUCGAGCCAGCGGGAAUGUGUUGCUAACGAGUCCAUCAAAGAGGCCCGGCGACCUUGGUGUAUGA